AUGAUGUCGCCCCGGAAGAGCGGGCCUAGCGGACGGGCCUCCAGGCGGCCCGUCACGCCCGACGUGCGGGCGGGCCGCCGCGGGCCCCGCGCCUCCGUCACCGGAGGUCGGUGUGUGCGCGCCUCGCGGCGGCGCGCCGCGGCGGCGCGGCCCCCUUCCAAGGACCGCCCCACCGCCCCCGAGGACGCAGAGAGCGGAGGGUGCCGCACCGCGUUCGGCGACGGCUCUCAGCCACUGGCGCUCUGGCCCCGCUCGUGGAGCCAGCUCCAGCUGGGCGUCCCGAAGCCGCCCGUUGCGAUGAAGUCUCUCUUCGACGUGAGCGGCAAGGACAUACUCGAGAGCGGCAGGUUUGAGACCUUCAUGGGGAUCGUCAUCGCCCUGAACGCGGCCUUGAUCGGAUUCGAGGCCGAUUGGCAGGCUCGGCGCGUCACUCAGGACAUGCCACAGAUGUUCGGCUCGACAGCGUUGUACCGGUUCAUGGACCUCACCUUCUUGGUCAUAUUUCUGGCGGAGCUGAUGCUGAAGCUCUACGUGCACCAGGUGCAGUUCCUGACGAAAAGGGAGGUUUCGGUGUUGUGGAAUUGGUUCGACUUCCUGAUCGUCUUGAUGCAGGUCCUCGAGGAGGCGUUCACCCUGCUGACGGGCUUUUUUAGGUCUGACGUCGACCUGAGCAGCGUGAGGCUCCUCAGGGUGGUCGGGUGCUCAAGGUGCUGCGCAUCAUACGCUUCAUAG